AUGGCCGAACCUCAGACUGAAAUGGCCUCGAUCUCGUCAGCCAGUCAGGCUGGCGCUUCCUCUGCCUCCGACUCGCAGUCGCACUCGACUCCUAACAAACAUCAUGCUCGUCCCAACGCUGCUCAAGCCAGCGUCCUCGACGAGACCCUCUUCCCCGCCGACUCGUACACCAACGAUACAAAAACUUACUGGGCCGAUCUUCCAUUUCGGGAAAAGACAAAGUGGAUCAACAAUCAGUCCAACGCAGAAGCUCGUCGUGAGCUAGCCGACAUCGGUCGCAUGUUCAAGCGUGACCCUCUCUCUCCUCUCCGUGCCUACUACAACAACUAUGUCAUCACUGGUCUCGGUCUCUUUGUCGAAGGAUACACCCUCUUUUCGAUAGGAAAUCUUUCGCCCCUCUUCAAGGCUGUCUGGCCCAGAUGCUGGAAGAACCACGAGGUUUGCGACGAGAACUGGCUCCAUGCCAUUGACUACCUCGAGAUUGUUGGUAUCAUAGUCGGUCAGAUCCUUGUCGGUAUUGAGGGUGAUUGGAUCGGUCGUCGUUUCGGUAUGGUGCAGGACGCACUCAUCAUGGCUCUUGGUUCCGUCAUGCUCACCGCUAUGUGGGCUACCUCACUCAACGGUUGGGUCAUCUGCUAUGCAUGGUCCGUCUUCGUAUACGGAAUUGGCGUCGGCGGCGAAUAUCCAAUGACCUCAACCCGUGCUAUGGAGGGCUCUGGUACUGGUCGUGCUGCCACUACAGGUGAUCGAAUGCACCGUGGUCGAAAGGUGGCUCUUUCCUUCUUGAUGCAAGGUUGGGGUCAGCUUGCCAAUCAGGCCAUCCUCAUCAUCGGUCUUCUCAUCUUUCACGGCUCUCUCAAUGGUCCUUACACUGAGACUUCGACACAGUGGACCUUCCGUGUCCAAUUCGGUAUCAUCUCGGUCUUCACUCUCUAUCUCGCUUACAUUCGAUACUACCGCAUGAAGUACCAGGAUGCGGCGCUUCAAGAUGCUAAGAAGCGUCUCAACACUUCCGGAUACGAUGUCAGGUCGCUCAAGCUUUCCCUCAGUCACUACUGGCACCGCCUUGUGGGAACUGCUGGUGGCUGGUUCGCCAACGAUUUCUUCUUCUACGGUAACAAGAUCUUCUCUGGUAUCUUUAUCAAUAUCAUCACUGGCAACCAGGGUGGUCUUGAGACUACAUGGCUGUACAACUUGUACAACAUCAUCAUCUCGCUUGCAGGUUACUACAUGGCUGCUUUGCUCAUGGACCAUAAGCAGUACGGUCGGAAGUGGAUGCAGGCAAACGGUUUCGCUGCUGAUUUCAUCCUUUUCAUCAUCGGUGCCGCCCUCUUCAAUACUCUCACCGUGCCUGGAUCUGGUAUUAAGGCGUUCCAGGCCAUCUACUUCCUCUCGUCCUUCUUUAACCAGUUCGGUCCCAACUCGACCACCUUCUUGCUCGCUGCCGAGGUCUUUCCCGCUUCCAUUCGUGCCACUUCGCACGGUGUCGCCGCUGCCGUCGGUAAACUCGGUGCUUUGGCGCCUGCGACCUUGUACAACUACAUCGACAACCACACCAAGUUCUGGGUCGUCUCCUGGUUCGGUUUACUCGGUUGGUUCCUCACCAUGGUCUUUAUUCCUGACACCACUGGUCUCGAUUUGCGAGAGCAGGAGCGAUACUGGGAGUGCGUCGUCCAGGGUCGCGAACAAGACUACCACGGUGUUGCUGUUCACCCUCGUCACCUUUCGCUCUGGGAGCGUGUCGUGCUCAAGCGUCACCGAUUCUACGACCCCGAGCUUGACCGACAGCAGAAGAUGCAGGAGCUUGAGGCUCUCUUCCACUCCAGUCAGAAUGAAAAGGGUGCUGACAGCGAGUCGACUGGUCGGGAGAUGAUGGAGGAGGAUCUCCAACUCUACUUUCACUCGCUCGCAGAUGCUCAGGGUGGCAACAAGAAGUUGCAGCCAACAAAUAAGGAUGAUGGUAUCAAGCAUCCUUCCAAACUCGCAGAGAUUGAGAAGAGGUUGUAG